AAGGGAGGAGAGGAGGAAAGCAGCUGAAGUCAUCCACAACCUCCCGGGCAUACGACUUCUUAUUUUUUACCUUAAAGCUGCGUUGAAGCCAGAGCGCUUUAUAGGUAGAGAGAUCAAUCGAGAAACUACAGAGAAGACCUGCGGGGAAGAGAAUUCAGAGAGGAGAGGAGGGAGAGGAAGAGGGCUAGCACCAUGCUGGACCACCUUGUUGGGCUGGUGAAGGUGCGCGUGGUGAGGGGUGUGAACCUGGCCAUCCGCGACCUCCGAUCCAGCGAUCCCUACGUUGUCGUCCGCAUCGGCAAGCAGAAGCUGAAGACACGGGUGAUAAAGAAGAGUACCAAUCCGGAAUGGAACGAAGAACUGACCCUCUCUAUUGAAGAUCCUGUGGUUCCUGUUAGACUGGAAGUGUUUGACAAGGACACGUUCAUCGACGAUUCAAUGGGUAAUGCAGAGCUGGACAUCCGUGCGCUGGUGGAGGUUGUGAAGAUGAAACUUCAGGAUGUUGCCGACAACACCGUGGUAAAGAAAUUGGUGCCAAACAGACAGAACUACCUAGCCGAGGAGAGCACGAUAUAUAUAUCUGAGGGGAAGGUGAAGCAAGACCUGGUUGUCAGGCUAAAGAAUGUGGAGUGCGGGGAAAUAGAGCUCCAGCUUCAAUGGGUUGACAUCCCUGGUUCUAAGGGUGUAUGAGCUCUGCAUUGCCCUGCUGUUUCCUGGGGCUCGAACUAAAAGUAAAACAAGUGGAGAAUCCAAGCUAAGGAUGAUUGUGACAUAGCAAGUGUCUGUAAAAUAUCCUAGUAUGAGGAUCUCCUAGCGUUUUGGCGCAGAAAAAGUUACGAUCUCGAUGUUUUGAUAUUAUUGUAUAUUGGAUUUUCCUUAGAUAUAUUGAAGCAUCUGCUCUGCAAUUA